AGUCUGUGACUGGUGUCGUAUUCGUAUAAUUUUACGAUUUCCUUGUAAAAAUUCUCAAUUAAGUACCCAAUAGUGUAGUGAUAAAUCCAAGAUCAUUUUUAAUAUAAAUACAAUCACCAAGCGCAUAUAAAACGAUGGCGCUAACAGUGGAUAAACUCAUUAACGACGAGAGGUUUAGUGGUGAUAAUGUCGUACAGUUCCUUUUAUAUUUACCCCUUGGUUUGGUGCUAAUGGCAUUUAGAAUAGUUUUGGCGUUAAUACUAUGGAUUGCAGCAAUUGUACUGCCCAAUAAAUCUGCUGUAAGACAGUUAUUAUCUACGCUGGCCUGUUGGACAUUUGGUGUAUAUGUCAAAGUAAAGGGCAGCAAAGAUCCACGUUGUAGUGUACUGGUGGCCAAUUAUGUGUCCUGCUUAGAUUCAUUAGCUGCUGCACAUACCCUUGGGACGAUAAGUCUUAGAAAAUGGAAGGUUCCACCAUUUUUUGCAUCGACGCUUGGUAUUAAGAAUGCUGCUCAAUUUGUGAGAAAACAGCACUUCACGGAGAGUCCAAGUAAGCCAGUAUUACUGCAACCAGAGGGGGGACCGACGAAUGGGAAAGGCCUUCUCAAAUUCAAUGACUGGUCGUUCCCUAUUGGCAAUAGAGUUCAACCGAUCGCAAUAACAGUUGAACGUCCUUUCACGAAUGUGACGGUCCAUCGCCCGAACGACAAGAUGGAUGUGUUCCCUUGGUGGGAUGCAUUGUGGUUUCUAUGGACCCCGUGUUCUGUAUACACCCUGAGGGCCCUGCCAGCGCUGGACAGGAAAGAUGAUAACGAUCAAGAGUUCGUCGAUCGAAUGAGGCAGGCCAUAGCCGAUGCUUUGCAGGUGGAGGCGACGCCGUGGUCGCUGAGCGAGGCGCGGCGCGCGCGCAGGCCCGCGCCCGCCCGCCGCGCGCCCCCCGCGCCGCCCGCCGCGCCGCCCGCCCCGCCCGCCGCGCGCCGCGUGCAGGAGGUGCUGCCGCGCGUGCCGCUCGCCGACAUCGUGCGCGACCUGGAAAGAACUCGUAGCGUCGACGUGACUAUCACAAAUUUCCUGGAAGGUAUCACACCCUACACUCCGAUACCGGAGUCUGUUGUGGAACCCCAGCCGAGCACGUCUCGGGCUCCUCCCAAGUACGUGUGCCCCGCUCCCACCGGCGUGUUCUCCAAGUCGGCUAAGGAGCGCCAGCUGAGCUUCCAGGAGAAGAAGGCUCAAAUGAUAGCCGAGGCUCGCCAGAGGUACAUAGAGAAACACGGACUUAACGUUGCUUCGAAGUGUUGAUUUACAAUUUGCGGGGGUAGGCCAUUAUUUUUUAGAUGACCUUUAGUUGUCGCAUGACUGUAUCGGUCAUAAAGCGAUACAAUAUUAAAAAGUACGAAAUAAUCGUAGAAGUGAAAUUAUUGUGCCUACUUUCUCAAACGUUCUACCCAUCGAUACAAAAAACUUUGAGGAUUUUAUUUGGCAUAACACUCGCUUUAUGUAAAAUUGUAUAAAUUAUUAAAUAAUAUAAACACUACACCCAUCUUUACACUCAAUAAUAUAAUAUAUUAUUAAAUGCUGGCAUAACUAUUAUAUACUAAAUUUUGCAAUCUUCAGCAACGUACUAUGAAUCCAUAAAAUCUGUAUAAACCGAAGGGGAAAAAAUAUAAAAAAGAUAGGGUAGUUUCAUAAUGUUGUUUGUUUCAACAUGAUUAUAUAAAUAUAUAAUAUCUAACUGUCGAUAAAAUCUGACUGUAGCAUGUUGACCACAAAAAUAAAUUAUGCCUGAAAGGCGUACAGACAAUUUUCUCAUUUUACCAAUUUUAGCACUGGCAGGUAAUGAAAAAGAAAAUAUUUGCAAGAAUAAAGUGUCGUUAGAGAAAAUUAACAUCUAUUUCAAAUAGGAUGGAAAUAAUUAUAUAAGCAUUAGAGAAUAUUGGAUUCACCGAAUAAGAUUGGAUUAUUAAAAUUCAUUCACUUAGUAGUCUUCGAUGGAAUAUUGUUAUUAAAGUAAUCACUCUUUGAUUAAUGAGAUAUUUUCUAUAUACAUGAAAUAUAAAAUGGUACUGGCAAGGUGCUACGGGUAUGGCCUGAAAUAUAAAAAAAAAUUCAUGAAUAAAAGUUUUUUUCUUUUUUAUAACGGCUAUUUCCUAGUUUUUACGUUUCCAUCCUACUUGUCUUGUAUACGUUUACGAAACCUAGUUUUAUUUGUUAAAUUUAUUCCUUUUAUUUGUUACAUAUAAAUAUUAUAUCAUUUAUUCGUAUAUAUUAGCGAAUUAAAAUUUUAUAUUUUACUGUUUUUUUUUUGUUUUGUGUGUUUUUUCUUUAUACAUGAUUAAAAUUAAUUUUUAAAUGAUUUAUAUUUAUUUUUGAUCGUUCUAUAUUGAUUUGUUUCGCAUACACUUCUGUUGAAAAUAGAAACACUACAUGACCUUGUGGAAAUAAUGUUUUAUCUUCAUCACACACACACUUCAUCGUAUUAAUAUCCUUAAAAUGUAUCUGUCUAUUUAUAUUAAUUAUUUAUCAUUGGUAUUGCAGCAGAUAUCGUUUUACCAAAAGCAUUUGCAAGCACACAAUUGUUGUAAAUUACUUCCAAAUUAAAGAGUUCACUUUAAAAAGGCAUCGUAGUGCGAAUAGAAUUUCUGGAGAUAAAACGCAAUUUGUUGCUAGAAUUAGAUUCAGAUAUAUAGAAAUUAUAUAUCUGAAUCUAAUAUAUAUAUAUAUAUAAUUUUAGAUAGAUCUCUUGUUUCAUAUAAUAAAUAAUUAAAAAUAUAUUUCAUUUUUGGAUGUUAUGGUACAGGAUUUGUAUUAUAUUUAUAAUUGAUGACAUUAGUCAUAUAAUUUAUGUACGAUAAAUUUAAAUUUUUUAAUAAAAACAUAUGAUUAUCCUUUAAUAUAUGUAAAAUAAAUCUGUAAAAAUAUAAUCAAUGUCAAAUUAAAUAAGGUAGAUAUACUUUGUAUAAUUAGCGUUGUACACAAUAUGUGUUGGCGUAAAAUAUGUUUUUGGACCUUAAUUUUGAUGAAACAUAUUUCUUUACAAUUACGCAUUGGAGCAGCGUGGUGGAAUAAGCUCCAAACCUUCUCCUCAAAAGGGAGAGGCCUUAGCCCAGCAGUGGGACAUUAACAGGCUGUUACUGUAGUACUGAAUGUAGCUUAUCGUUUGUAUUAGUCAUUAGAUCUCAUUAUAUAUUGUUCCAAACACACUAUAACGACGGCUGAUUUUAUCUUUUGUAAAGUUUUGAUUAAACUUCAUUUAAUGUGAGCAAAUAAUAAACAUUAAAAAUAAUUAUAAUUAUAACUCAAUUUUGCUACUAUUAAACUUGUUCCAUAUUAUCAUUGUGUUAAUUUUGAUUUACUGCCAAAAUGAUGUUGAUUUAAAUUUUGAGAUUCAUUUUUUAUUUAUUAUAAUCGACUCAUAAUAUAAGAUAUAGCCGUAAAAUAUUAUUAAAGAACUAAUUUUUCAAUAAUGUUAUUAAAUUUUGUGAUUAUUUUUAGUAUCAUUAACUAAUAAGAAAAAAAAUUGAUCAAAUUUUUUUAAGAACUUGGAACAGAACACUACCGUGCGCCCUAUAACUAAACGAUGGUAUUAUUAGUAAACAAAACUUCAUUUAUUUGUCCAUUCCUUUUAUAUAUAAAUAAAUGGUCAAUGAUACUAGAAGUGAAAUUCCUUUGUAAAUAAUAAAUUUUCACUCUUAUUAAUUCCUAGUUAAUGAUAAUUCAAACGAAGUGUCACAUUGAAUUAACUAACGAUAUCGAAAUUCUAUUGCAAUUUUUUUAAACUAUAUAGCCUUAUUUAUUAGUAAAUUCCAAAGAAGGAUGAUGCCACAUAAGUAUAUGCAAAUAUAUAUUUUUACAGAAAAUUAUUUUUAAAAUAUUACACUGGAUAGGAUAAAUUUAUCGACAAAUUAAAAAUGGCGUCUUCAUUAUUAGUGAAAAUAUUUAGUCUUUGCUCAGAUUUCUAGAUUUGCAACUGCCCUAUGGCUUCCAGUGUACCUAGAUUAGAAAGUUUGUAAUUAAUUAUUAUUAAAUAAACAACUGUUUAAAAA